UAAUAUAUAUAUUUUUUCUGGGUAAAGUCCUGUAGUGAGAAGGGCAAUAUUUUUUUAAACGCAUACCAUCAGGGUAAGCACGUUCUGAACUUGAACUCCUGGAAGAGCCAGUUGGUAAGAGUCUAAAUAUCAGUAUUAUUCUAGAGUAUAAUGCCAUAAUUGGCUCUUCCGACAAACUGGGAUUUUAAUAUUUUUAUCUAAUGAAGAUAUAUGUAGGAUAAUGGUGAGCAAUUUCUCCAGAAGAAAAAAAUUGAACUAUUAUCAAAACCUUUGGAGUUGGAUGACUUCUUGAUCCAGAUUCCCAGCUGUAUUUGUACAGAUUUGGUUGCCAACAGGAACAAGAAGUCGUCUCUUAACUCUCAAGUAGAUCUUUGGAACUGAAGGCUCUUUGGAAUUCUGCCUCUUGCUCACUAAGCUUUGUGUUUCCAGACCCCUAAACCUGGGUAUGUUAUCUUCUCAACUCAAAUGGCUGCUCUUGCUUGCUUGCUACCUGGGACCAGUGGCCGUGGCCAGCAUUAUUAGUUUGACUAAUCCCUAACUUCAAGCUCUUCAGUCUUUUGGAAGAAUUCAAGACAAUAGAACUGGUGUUGAUAGUGUUUUGGGUUGGGGUUUUCCACAGCUGAUGACACUGGAAGAAUCUCCCAUAGGAAGCUACCUUAACUGACACUAGAGUUUCGCCUUUCAGUUUACAAAUGUGGUGAGGUGCUUUUGGCUUCUGUUUGAGCUGGUCGCCUCAUAUUGGUCUUGUAAUUGCUUUCUCCACAGAGGCAAUGAAUGGGGAAUUCUCCCUAAGGUCAGCGUUUAAUUAAUUGCCGCGCUCUGGCUGCUAUAGUACUCCAGGCAUCGAUCCUACUAUUAAAAUUGCCUGGAGAUUGCCAGCAGUUCAAAAAUUCGUCUUCAGUGACAGCCCUGGAGUCAUUGAGUUGAGUGGGAGGGGCCUUGUGCACUUUACAAUCUCCGUGGGCGGUGGCCCACGGCGCGGGACUUAUCCGAAGACUGGAUUGGGCCUUCCCCGUGUCUAUCAUCGGAAGGCUCUCCGCCCUCGACAAUCUUGCUGCAGGAUUUGGAAGCUGAGCACCGCCUCUGAAAACUAGGAGAGUGAUGGGCGGUAAACUCGGUGUGGUAAACUCGGUGUGUAUUUCUCUCCUUAUUGGUUGGCUGAUGUGUCAGUCGUACUCCAUUCUGCUCCCAUUGGCGGGAAGGCUCCAGGCGUUAGCGUGGACAUUGUGCUGCCCACUUGCAAGCUACGAUUAAGGCGCGUGACGUCCCAGACUUUUGUUGUUGGGCUUUGGGCGUCUUUAAUUAUUCAUUAGGUACUUGUACGAGCUGCAGCGAUUGGUGGCCGAGAGGGCCGGUCGAUUGUUUCUUAGCUAGAGAUACGUGUCACCCUCUACGCGGCGGGAGAAGUUUCGCAUAAAUUAUUCUGAUACGGUUUGGGGGCGUGGCCGCGCAUAGUUUAGGCAAAUAAGCUGAGGAGGGAGGGGAGGCCGGCUACGAAUUAGCCUAAGUUAUUAAAGAUGGCGGCGGAGCGGAGUCGCUCCCCGAUGGAGUCGCCGGUCCCGGCCUCUAUGUUCGCCCCCGAGCCCAGCUCUCCGGGGGCGGCCAGGGCCGCGGCGGCUGCCGCCCGGCUCCAUGGCGGCUUCGACUCGGACUGCAGCGAGGACGGCGAGGCGCUCAACGGCGAACCAGAGCUGGACCUCACCAGCAAGCUGGUUCUAGUGAGCCCUACAUCAGAGCAGUAUGACAGCCUACUUCGGCAAAUGUGGGAGAGGAUGGACGAGGGAUGCGGAGAGACCAUAUAUGUCAUUGGGCAGGGAUCAGAUGGGACUGAGUACGGGCUGAGUGAAGCUGACAUGGAGGCCUCCUACGCCACCGUGAAGAGCAUGGCAGAGCAGAUAGAGGCUGAUGUCAUCCUCCUGCGGGAGCGGCAAGAGGCUGGGGGCCGUGUGCGCGAUUACCUGGUCCGAAAACGAGUAGGAGACAAUGACUUCCUGGAAGUCAGGGUAGCGGUCGUGGGCAACGUGGAUGCCGGCAAAAGCACGCUUCUGGGGGUCCUGACACACGGGGAGCUGGACAAUGGGCGAGGCUUUGCCCGCCAGAAACUCUUCCGCCACAAACAUGAGAUUGAGUCGGGUCGCACCAGCAGUGUGGGCAACGACAUUCUGGGCUUUGACAGUGAAGGAAAUGUGGUAAACAAACCAGACAGCCACGGUGGCAGCCUGGAGUGGACAAAGAUCUGUGAGAAAUCCACUAAGGUGAUUACCUUCAUCGACUUGGCUGGCCAUGAGAAGUACCUGAAGACCACUGUCUUUGGCAUGACUGGCCAUUUGCCUGACUUCUGCAUGCUCAUGGUGGGCAGCAACGCUGGCAUCGUAGGGAUGACCAAGGAGCACCUGGGCUUGGCGUUGGCCCUCAACGUGCCUGUGUUUGUGGUGGUCACCAAGAUUGACAUGUGUCCUGCCAACAUCCUACAAGAAACCCUGAAGCUGUUGCAGCGCCUGCUGAAGUCACCGGGCUGCCGGAAGAUCCCCGUGCUGGUGCAGAGCAAGGAUGAUGUGAUUGUUACAGCCUCCAACUUCAGCUCUGAGAGGAUGUGCCCGAUAUUCCAAAUCUCCAAUGUCACAGGCGAGAACCUCGACCUGCUAAAGAUGUUCCUCAACCUCCUCUCCCCUCGCACCAGCUACCGGGAGGAGGAGCCUGCUGAGUUUCAGAUUGACGACACCUACUCUGUCCCGGGUGUGGGGACCGUGGUGUCCGGGACAACACUGAGGGGCCUGAUCAAGCUGAAUGACACGCUGCUGCUGGGCCCAGAUCCCUUGGGUAACUUCCUGUCGAUUGCUGUCAAAUCCAUCCAUCGCAAGCGCAUGCCUGUCAAGGAGGUGCGCGGGGGCCAGACUGCCUCCUUUGCGCUGAAGAAGAUCAAGCGCUCAUCCAUCCGGAAGGGCAUGGUGAUGGUUUCUCCACGCCUGAAUCCCCAAGCUUCCUGGGAGUUUGAGGCCGAGAUCCUGGUCCUUCAUCACCCCACCACAAUCAGCCCGCGGUACCAGGCCAUGGUGCACUGUGGGAGCAUCAGGCAGACGGCCACCAUCCUGAGCAUGGAUAAGGACUGUCUGCGCACUGGGGACAAGGCCACCGUUCAUUUCCGCUUCAUUAAGACCCCCGAGUACCUGCACAUAGACCAGCGGCUGGUGUUCCGGGAAGGCCGCACCAAGGCCGUGGGCACCAUCACUAAGCUCCUGCAGACCACCAACAACUCCCCAAUGAACUCCAAGCCCCAGCAGAUCAAAAUGCAGUCGACGAAAAAGGGUCCCCUGCCCAAACGAGAAGAGGGGGGCCCCUCUGGAGGGCCCACAGUGGGAGGCCCCCCACCAGGAGAUGAAGCUUGCUCCCUUGGGGCCACCCAGCUGGCUGCAUCCAGCAGUCUCCAGCCACAGCCCAAGCCCAGCAGUGGGGGCCGGCGACGGGGGGGCCAGCGUCACAAGGUGAAGUCCCAGGGGGCCUGCAUGACUCCCGCCAGCGGCUGCUGAGUCUCCCCGGCCCACCUCCAUCACCCGAGGGAUCCUGGUGCUCUGGCCCCGGCUCCACCAGAGGAACCAGAGCAGCCCUGGAGCCACUCACCCUCCCCAGCCGCAGCCGGAGCCUCAUCAUUCCCCCCAACCCCCGUUUUCCAGGGGGGCUGUAAUUUAUAAGCUGAGGAAGGUGGCCAGACUCCCAGAGAGGACUGACCAUCAUCUCCCACCCUCCUCCCCGCCUUCUUCCUCACUCACACCUUUUUUGUACAUCCGGGCCCUUAGUUUUUAUUCUUUUUAUUAUAUAUCUAUCUCUCUAUCUAGUGUGUGUGUGGUUGUGUGUGGGGGUGUAUGUCUGAGGUGCAGGAGCGCGGCCGAUCAGGGCCCUGGGCAUCUUUCUCCUUUUUCCUCUGUGGCUGGCCACCGGCCUCCAGGAGCUAGCUGGCUGCCUGUCCGUACGUCUGUCUGUGUGUGUCUGUGCGAACCUUCCGGGGCUGUCAGGGGCUGGCAUGCGGCCCCCCCCCCCGGUGUCCAUUCUCUGUGCCUGGAGCCGCCUUGUGGCUGCGGGCGUCCAGGUGGGAGUGUCUGCUGGUACUGGAGUCCUCCUUCCAGGACUUGGGGAUCUUAGCAGAGCCAAGAGUGGUGGUUCCCUGUUCUCUUUCUCCCUCUUGCUUCCCUUGAACCCCCAAACAGUUAAUGCCAAAAGCUCUUAAGCUGUAACCCGUAGAUGUGGAGGGGGUAUUGGCGAUUGGAUAGUAGGAUCCUCCUUCCCCCAUCUCUGACCCUCGCCCUUGACCUAGAGACAGCUGAUGGCUUUUCUUGCCCUUCUGAGACAAUCUUCUGUUUGUUUAGCUGACUGGGGUGACCCCUCCUCAGCCAAUUCUGUCACGUUGGACGCUCUCGCCUCGCCCUCCCCAGGGCUGCCUCCUGCUUGAACUUGGACUCUGAGUCUUGUUGGGUCUCGGGCCAGAGGACCAGGACUCGGGGCUGCCCACUCAGGGUGCGCUCAGCAGCCCUUCCUGUUGGUGGGGGUGCCCACUGUUCCUCUGAGCCAGGCAGGAACAGAACCCCUAUUUGCCCACAUAGCCCCAGCGCGACUGCUACAGGAGCACAAGAGUGAAGGGCCCGAGCCCCAGAUUGGGAAGCUCUAAUUGGAGUACAGGGAGGGCAGGCAGGAGGUAUUAAGAUUCUUCCAGACCCAUCUCAAGAGCAUUAAGCCCUCAGGAAGAAUCACUGUCUGGGGUGGGGGUGGUGUUGCCCGGGCCAGAGAGGGCAACACGGGCCCCGAACCAGCCUGGCCUGAGCUCUGACUAAGCCCUCACUUUAGGGUGGACUGGUGGGCAGAGCUGUGUUCUUUCUCUAGCCUGGGACACCCACCUACCUGGCUGGGUCCUUCCUCAGCCUCCCCUCCCCUCCGUCCCCAACCCUUCACCACUCCUCCUGCGUCCAGACCGCUGGUCCCUUCUCCUCCCCUCCUAACUAUUUCUAGUUACCACUUACCUGUGGCCAUGGACCGACCAGACCAGCACACAAAAUAAAAAUUUGUUUCAAGUUGA